AUGUCGACGAAAUCUCCAAUUGCGAUUAAUGUUGAACAGUCAACUAGUGAUGUGGAACCAAUUAAUGUUCCGGAAAUUGGAGGUGAUGCAAGUCCCAAUGAUUCUCUUUCUACCUUGAUUACCGAAAAUUUUGGCCAAGCAUUGACUGAUGCUAAAAUGAAACGAACAAACUUUCAAAGUAGUUCUUUCAUUGGUGCUGCCGAUCCGGUGAUGGAAUCAUCCAAAUUACUCAGAAAACUUUCCGAAGCGUUCGGUAUGUCCAUUUUUCUUUGGUGUGCUUAA